AUGGCCUCGUUCAAGCUGGUCACGGGAGACCUCAUCCGCCUCGUGGAGACGCCCCAUGAGAAGCAGCAGGAGGUGCUCGCCAACAUAGGCGGCCUGCAGGGCGUCGCCGCCGCGCUCAACGUGGACCCGCGCCAGGGCCUGGACAACAACAACGCCGCCGACCUCGCGGCGCGCGAGGAGAGCUUCGGCAAGAACUACGUGGCGCCCCCUAAGCCCAAGAGCUUCCUGGAGCUCAUGUGGGACGCGUACCAGGACAUCACCAUCAUCGUGCUGACCAUCUCGGGCUUCAUCUCCAUCGUCCUGUCCGUGACCGUGGGCGACCACCCGGAGACGGGCUGGGUCGAGGGAGCCUGUAUCAUCCUGGCCGUCAUCGUCGUGACGAUCGUCACGGCCAUGAACGACUACCAGAAGGAGGCGCAGUUCCGCGCCCUCAACGCCGUCAAGGAGGACGAGAAGAUCAAGGUCAUCCGCAACGGCCAGCCCGCCGAGGUCAGCAAGUGGAGCCUCGUGGUCGGCGACAUUGUGCGCGUCGACCUGGGCGACAUCAUCCCCGCCGACGGCAUCGUCUUCGACGAGAAGGAGAUCAAGAUGGACGAGAGCGCCAUGACCGGCGAGUCCGACCUGCUCCCCAAGAACGCCGAGAACCCCUUCCUGCUCUCCGGCACCAAGGUCAUGGAGGGCGUGGGCAAGAUGCUCGUCGUCUGCGUCGGCGAGCACUCGCAGGCCGGUAUCAUCAAGAGCCUGAUCAACGGCAACCGUCCGGGCGCCGCUGCUGCCGGUGGAAGCGACAGCAAGGCCGCCGCCGAGAACAAGAAGAACACGGCUAACGACCAGGUCUACGUCGAGAUCGAGACCCCCAAGGACGCUGGCGUCCUCGAGGAGCCCAGCAAGGCUGCUGAGGAGGAUGGCGAGAGCCAGUCGCCGCUCGAGGGUAAGCUCUACAACCUGACUGUGCUCAUCGGCAAGCUCGGCACGCUCGUGGCUCUUCUUGUGUUCGUCAUCAUGUCGAUCCGCUUCUCCAUCGACACGUUCGGCAACGACAACAAGCCCUGGAAGAGUGGCUACGUCAGCGACUACCUCAGCUUCUUCAUUAUCGCCAUUACGGUGCUCGUGGUGGCCAUCCCCGAGGGCCUCCCGCUCGCUGUCACCAUCGCUCUCGCCUACUCGGUGAAGAAGAUGCUUGUGGACAACAACCUGGUGCGCCACCUCGACGCCUGUGAGACCAUGGGAAGCGCCACGACGGUGUGCUCGGACAAGACGGGCACGCUGACGACCAACCGCAUGACGGUGAUGCAGCUGUGGAUCGGCGACAACGAGUUCUCGUCCGCUUCGGCUGGCAUCGGCGCGCUGUCGGAGGCGACCAAGGAGGCGUUCUGCAUGGGUAUUGCCGUGAACUCGACGGCCGAGAUCUUGCCGCCCAAGGUGGAGAACGGUCUGCCCGAGCACACCGGUAACAAGACGGAGUGCGCUCUGCUGCAGUUCAUCCGUGACGGUGGUGUCGAGUACCCUGAGAUUCGCGCGAACAACGAGGUGGUGCACAUGCUGACGUUCAGCAGUGCCAAGAAGCGCAUGUCGGUGGUGGUUCGUCGCAGCGCCACGACUUGCCGUGUGUACACGAAGGGUGCGACGGAGGUGGUGCUGGGUCUGUGCCAGAACAUGCAGCGCGUGGACGGCUCGUUCGAGGGUCUGGACGACGCCCGCAAGGCCAAGAUCGGUGCUGAGGUGAUUGAGAAGUACGCUUCACAGGCGUACCGUACGCUGUGCCUGGCCUACCGCGACCUGGAUGUGCCUGCUGAGGAGACGGUCAACUGGUCGGACGAGGACGUGGAGAAGAACUUGACUUGUGUUGCCAUUGUCGGCAUUGAGGACCCUGUCCGCCCCGAGGUGCCUGGCGCCAUCCAGCAGUGCAACCGCGCCGGUAUCACGGUGCGCAUGGUGACGGGCGACAACAUCACGACAGCGCGCUCGAUCGCCAGCAAGUGCGGUAUCACCAAGCCGGGCGAUGGCUCCCUUGUUAUGGACGGCCAGACGUUCCGCAACCGCGUGCUCGACGCUCAGGGCAACAUCAUCCAGUCGGAGUUCGACAAGAUCUGGCCCAUGCUCCGUGUGCUUGCUCGCUCGUCGCCCAAGGACAAGUACACUUUGGUGUCCGGUCUGAUGCAGAGCAACGUGGUUCCGCACGGUCCUCAGGUGGUUGCUGUGACUGGUGACGGCACGAACGACGCGCCUGCUCUGAAGAAGGCGAACGUGGGUUUUGCUAUGGGUAUCAGCGGCACGGCUGUGGCCAAGGACGCGUCGGACAUUAUCCUGAUGGACGACAACUUUAACUCGAUCGUGAACGCCAUCAAGUGGGGCCGCAACGUGUACGACUCGAUCGCCAAGUUCCUGCAGUUCCAGCUGACCGUCAACGUCGUUGCCAUCUCGCUGGCCUUCAUCGGUGCCGUUGUGCUGGAGCAGUCUCCCCUGUCGGCUGUGCAGAUGCUGUGGGUGAACCUCAUCAUGGACUCGUUCGCUUCGCUCGCUCUUGCGACUGAAGAGCCGACGCCGCAGCUGCUGGAGCGCAAGCCGUACCCGAAGACGCAGCCUCUGAUCUCCAAGAAGAUGACGAAGCACAUCAUCGGUCAGUCGAUCUACCAGCUCAUUCUCCUUCUGGCAAUUGUCUUCACGGGUGAGAAGUGGUUUGACAUUCCUUCGGGACGCAUCACCGACCUGCCCGAGGACGUGGAGGACGACCCGACGGUGCACAUGACCAUCGUGUUCAACACGUUCGUGUGGGCGCAGCUGUUCAACGAGCUCAACUGCCGCAAGAUCCACGACGAGAUCAACAUCUUCGCGGGCAUCUCCAAGAACCGCGUGUUCCUGUACGUCUGCGUCCUGCAGGUGGCCAUGCAGUACGUGAUGGUGCAGCACACGGGCGACUGGUUCAAGUGCAAGCCUCUCAACGUGAGCCAGUGGUUCGCUUGCAUUGCCAUGGGCUUCGUCUCGAUGCCUUUGGGCCUGGUGCUCCGCUCCAUCUCGAUGAAGAACGCUCCGAGCUGGAUGGCCCUCUGCCGCGAGGUCGACGAGGAUGAGGUCCGCAAGAUGACUUCGGGCCGCGGCCAGGAGCUCUGGGUGCGCGGCUUCGCUCGCAUUCGCGCGCAGAUCCGCGUCAUCAAGGCCUUCAAGAAAGGCCUGCAGUCCAAGGCUCUCAUCAAGGGGUAGAUUAGUAUCGAUGUGCGGAAAAUAAUGUUCUCUUUGCUUUUGU